UCUUCUUAAGGGAUCUGUGUGUGAAAUUAACGCGUCAUGGAAGCUGAAGCCAGUUUCUCCACAAUUGCUCCGACAGUGUUCGGCAGAGAUAACUACCAGAUUUGGGCAGUACGUAUGGAGACAUACUUUGAAGUUUUAGAUCUUUGGGAAGCAGUGGAAGAAGACUAUGAAAUUCCUGCACUUCCAAACAAUCCCACCAUGGCACAGAUUAAAGCACAGAAAGAAAAGAAGACAAAGAAAUCAAAGGCAAAGGCCUGCUUGUUUGCUGCAGUCCAUCAUCUUCACUCAUAUCAUGUCUCUGAAGUCAACAAAAGAGAUAUGGGAUUAUCUAAAGAAUGAAUAUGAAGGAGAUGAAAGAAUUAAAGGGAUGCAAGUCCUUAACUUGAUUAGGGAAUUUGAACUUCAAAUAAUGAAGGACUCCGAGACGAUUAAAGAUUACUUCGAUAAGCUUCUGAGUAUCACAAACAAAGUAAGGCUUUUUGGAUCUGAAUUUACUGACUCAAGAAUUGUAGAAAAAAUUCUUGUUACAGUACCUGAAAGAUAUGAAGCAACCAUCACUGUCUUAGAGAAUACAAAGGAUCUGUCAAAAAUUUCCUUAACAGAAUUGCUUAACGCUUUGCAAGCACAAAAACAAAGAAGACUGAUGAGGAAAGAUACGACAAUUGAAGGAGCUUUGGCAGUCAAGCAUCAAAAUGUGGCCAAAAGCAAAAAAAAAAAGAGAAAGGAUUUUGAAGGAAAUGGGGCAAGUACUGCAUCAGCCAAUGCAAAAGAAAAGAAUGAAAAUAAGAAGAAAUCCUAUUCACCUUGCCAACAUUAUGGAAAGAAGGGUCAUCCUCCAUUUAGAUGCUGGAAAAGACCUGAUGCUAAAUGCACUAAAUGUAAUCAGAUGGGGUAUGAAGCUGUUAUCUGCAAAAACAAAACUCUGCAACCUGGUGAAGAUGCAAAGAUUACUGAUUAAGAGGAGAAAGAUCACCUAUUCGUAGCUACAUGUUUCUCCGGCAUCGAAUCAAGUGAGAGUUGGCUUAUAGAUAGUGGUUGUACUAACCACAUGACACAUGACAAGGAUCUAUUCAGGGAA